UCCCGACGUCAAAUCGGCGACUCGGCGCGCGUCCAAGGUCCGGCGCGAUCAGUGCGGCGGCCGGGCUGACGCGCUGCGCACAACGCGCCUGUACCGCGAGGCUGUCGACCCGGGUGUGACCUCUGGCCAGGAGCCGCAGCAGCCGUGGUCCAGGAUGCUGCUGGGGACGCUGACGUCACUGCUGGUGCUCUGCGCGCGCUCGGCGGGCGAGGACUGCGACUCGCCAGAACCACUGCAGGAGAUGCACGUGGUGACCGCCCUCCAAGCAGUCGGCGGCGCCUUGAGCUGCUUGAAGGACAUCUUGCAGGAGUCGCUGCGAAGCAGCAACGAGAGCAACCAUAACUUGGAAAGAAUGGUGCUGGAACUCAGAGACGAAGUAAGAAACUUGAAAAGCUGUGAAUACUGUAACACGUCGAAGUUACAAGACUUGGAAAGAAAACUCAGUACUUCACUAGCGCAAGUCGAAGGAGUGAACGAAAAAGUGAAACGCACCAACAAUAUGGCAGAAAGUUUGGGAACAAAUUUCAAUACAUCUCUAGAACAAAUCAUUGUACCUGAUGAAAAGAAGAAUCAAUCUAAUAAUACGUCCAGAACACACAAGAAGUACCAAGACGUGUGUGAACGAGCGAAGAAAUGGGACAUCACAACACACGUGGAGGAGUUCGGCUGGAGCAAGGACUGGCGCGCUCUGCGGCUGGGCCUGGAGGCGGCGCUGAGCAACGCCAGCGUCGCCUACAAGCAGCUCCAGCGCAUCCAGCACGACCGCACCAACCCGCUGUGGACGGUGGGCGAGGCGGGCUACGCGGAGUUGGCCGUGCUGCUGCUGUGCGGCGGGCUGCCGGUGGCCGCGAGCGACGCGGACCGUGACGGCAUGUUGCACGGCGCGGCGUGGGGCGGGCAGGCGGCGCUGGCGGCGCUGCUGCUGGACGAGGGAGCGGACACCGAGGUGCGCGGGCUGGACGGCAGGACCCCGCUCGUCUGGGCCGUGGAGAACGACAGCCUGGGCGCGGUGCGACUGCUGGCGGAGCGCGGCGCGGCGCUGAACGCGUCCAAGUACGACGGAGACACGGCGCUCCACGUGUCCGUGGGCAGGGGGAACAUGGUGAUCGCGCGCUACCUGGUGGAGAAGGGCGCAAACACCACGGCGCCCGGCAAGGACGGGUGGACGCCUCUCGACGUGGCGAACAGGAAGCAUAACCCCGCCAUGAUCAAGUACCUGCUGCAGUUUCCACAUUAGCCCCGUCCCCAGGCUGGACUACGCAACGGCGGAAGACUGUUCCAGCCAAGCUCUUCAAGCUUCACCAACUAACUGUGUUUUUUCCCUACCCAGUUUUCUCCAGAAAACUCAAUUUUAUACAGUGCACGCAUGCUCAAAAAGAGACAAGUUUCUACCCCUGUAGCUCCUUCACACCGCUGUCAGUAGUACGGAGCAUUCUCAGGAGUUGUAGUAUCCUUCUGGCCAUUUACGUGGAAGAGUCAGUAUUUUGUUCAUGUGUCUUUCUGUGGACGGUUUGCUAAAAGGAAAGGAUAUUAGAACUUCAGAGGGUUGUUAGUAGAUACAUACUGUGAAAACAUAUCUUGUUAAAAUAAUUAUUGUGAUGUUAAAUUUUAUAAAAAAAAAUUCUAUUUAAUAUGCAAAAGUCACUGCAAAUAUAAUUAAAAGUACAAACUACAAUCACAAAAAAUUAACUCAAUAGCAUCCAUGAAUAAAUAUUGCAGAAUGAAAUUGUUUUGAGUGUUAUUCUGUAUAAAUCACCACAGGUGCUAGUAAACAGGCUUGAUCAGGAGGUUUGUUAGAAGCCUUUAUCAGAACCUGCAAGAAUCCUUGCGUCAUGGCGUACAGACUAAUGAGAGGAAACUACAGCCACUUAUGAAAUGCAUAUAAAGGGCCGUCAAGAGAAACUAAUUGGCUGGGGGCAAAUAACUUUGUUUACAAUUUUUCCAACCCUAUGUUUAAAAAAAAAAAUUUAAGGACCUGUGGAUUUUGCAUAACUUGCAAGAUUUCCAACCAAUUCUUUUAACAAUGGUCUUGUAAUUUCGUCCAACUCUGAGUAAACUCUCUGAGUAAACUCUGCAUUUAAAAACAAUCUUGAAAUUCAACCAAGCCCCAGAAAUCCCCCUCCCCUUUUCACACCCCCCUCCCCACACAUGCACACGUCACACGGUGUUGCUAAAACAGGUGCUUGCCAGAAGAGGGGUCAAACACACACAAACCCUAGUUUCCCAGUGUCAGCAAUCAGUUUGGCUGCAUUGAGUGAUAACAGGAGCAGAUGCCAGUUCCUAAAACAUCACAACUGUUGUCACAGUAACAUCUUCAUCCGUGCUGUUGUGUCAUCUAGAUUAUCUGGUUAGUCUCAUGGCUGGGUUCGUCUGUCGCAGAGAUGUCUGGAGUUGUUAUUUUUCUUUAUUUAGUACUGUUCUAGUUGCAACUGCCUCAUUUUCGGUCUACUGUGUUCAUAUGUGAUGUUUAUAUACUCAUGUUUAUUGUAAAACUAAGGGUUCUUUCUAUGACCAGCAUAAACCAGCAAUGGUUUAUGUCCAUCAUAUUAUGUUAAAUCAAAAAUAAAAAGCAAAAUAGUGUAAUUUUUUUUUCGUAAGUCAGUCACUGAGUAAGUUUUUGUUUUUAAUAAAAAAGAUAUCUCCAAAGCUAAAGACAGAAAAUAUAAAAAAAAUUUACGAAAUGCCACUUUUAAUGCAUGAAAACGGUGUUAAUUUGAUUUUAUAAAUAAAAAAAAAUUAAUGUAUCUGAACCCUACCACAGCAGGAGAUAUGAAACUAGGCAUGACUAACACACACACAAAAAAUACCUAUUUUGGUUUAUUUAAGUCAAAUAUGUUUCAGUAUUUACUGAAAUAUGAGAUGAUUAGUUUGGCAUAAUAAAUUGAAAAUGAAUUAAAAUUUACUAUAACAGUUUUUGAAAUUUUAUCACUGACAUGAUUAGAAUUGGAUCAGUUUGGUUUUUUUAGGGCAAGAAUUGGAGGUGUUUUUUUUUUCACAUACAUAUUUUACAUUAUAAAUAAAGACAAACUUUUUUUUUGUUACGUUCCUAAGGGAAAAGUGGGAAAGGGUGACAUAUUCUUAAAUUUGAUUUCAUUACAUUUAAGCAUGUCUGAGAAUCCACAAAUAUGGAAAAUAAGAAAUUUUAUAUCUGUAACUACAUUCAAAAUAAUGUUGCAACAGUUUCACAAUAUUAUUAAACAAGGUAAAAACGGUUUGAUUUUAUGUAAUCUAUGACACUAAGACUAUCGCACAAUCCAAUGAAACUCGAAAUGUGGAAGUUGUCAUAAUCUACAUUAAAAAGAAUUUGGCACAUUGUU